ACAUGGGAAAAGAAAUGGGCUUCAUCCACAACUGGGCUGAGGUUGGACCAGCCCCUCUCAUUUCACGUCUAAAACCUUCAAAUGCUCCCAAAUUGGACACCAUUGCUGAAGAAGGAUCUGAGAGUUUUGAUUUUGUACACAAGAAGGUGUUGUUUCUUCUUCCUGUGUUCCUUUCUUUUAUGUCCUAUUUGGUGAUUAACAGAUAUGCCAUUGUUUGA